AUGGAGGAAACAAUUCCCUACAACAUGAAGUUGCCGGUUUUACCAACCUUCAAUGGAGAAGGAGACUCACGAGUCCAUACUUCCAGAUUCAUGGCCCCUAUGGGGCUAUUAAGCAUAUCAGACGCAAUCAUGUGCCGAGUGUUCCCAACCACUCUCACAGGUACCGCCCACAGGUGGUACAACAAGCUAAAACCUGGUUCAAUCAAGAGAUUCGCCUUGCUAUCAACAGAAUUUCUCAACAGAUACUUCACAAACAUACCAGCAAAAACAACCACAAGCAUCUUGAGGUCGUGCAUUCAGGAGGAAGGAGAAACACUGAAACGUUACAUCGAGCGGUUCAACAAGCAAGCUAUGAAGAUAGAUAAUCUAAAUGUCGACAUGGCAACGGAAGCGUUGCGGGAAGGAACACGAUUCGAUGAGGGUCGUAGGGAAAUUCGCGGUAAAGAAGCAAAGGGAAAAGAGUUAAAAGAAAAAUCCAAAGAAAAGUCGAAGUCUAAGUCAGAAGAUAGGAGAGGAAGGCCAGAGGAGAAUAGACGAUUCGCCCCACAAACAAGAUACGAACCAAGAUACGACCCCCGAGACGAUGAAAGCAACUUCACACCACUCAACACCAGCCGAACUAAUGUCCUCAUAUGGAUUAAAGAGAAUGUUAAGAAUGUGGUAUGGCCACCAAAGAUGAAAGCUAAAAUCAGAGACACAAGAAAAUACUGCAAGUUCCACGAAGAUUAUGGGCACGAAACAGACAGUUGCCGAGAUUUGAAAGUCAAAAUUGAGAGAAUGAUAGACACGAGCGAACUAAGGAAGUUUGUAGCUCACAAAACAAAAAACAAUGACAAAGGGGAAAAGAGGAGCAGAGACGAAAAAGAAAAAGAAAAGGAAGACGAGAGGCCGUCGAAAAUACUGGGAACCAUACAUAUGAUCAAUGGAGGAGGACACAGCAUUUCAACGAUUAGAAGAAAACAGAGGAGGGAAGUAAUGAACAUCAGAGAAACCCACAUGCCAUGUAAUACCCCAUACUUCUGUGACGUUAAUUGUUAA